CCAGAUCUGAAAUUUCCACCAUUGCUCAAAAAGGGGUGUUUAUCGUGACUUGAAUCCAUUCGCUCACUCACUUCCUCACUCGCUACACUCUCUCACCGACAGUGCAUUGACAAGCAAAACAUCACGAUGACUGUCGCCCCUGAAAUCGCCAUGGAGGCUGCUCACCCCUACUUCCCCCUGGGCGUCCCCCUCCCAGCGUACAUCGCCAAUGAGUUCAAUGGGCCUCAACUCGUGGGCGUCUUCGCUACGGGCGCGUCCGUCAUCCUGGGCGCCGCCUUUCUCAUCAUCAACCGCGUCCGUCCCACGCUGGCCAAGACCGAGACCCUGACGGCCCUGUGGUUCGUCCUCUGCGGCUUCAUCCACUUCUUCUUCGAGGGUUACUUUGCCUACAACUACCACCAGAUGCCGUCGCGCAUGGACAUUUUCGGCCAGCUGUGGAAGGAGUACGCCCUCUCCGACUCGCGCUACCUCACGCAGGACUCCUUUGUCGUCACCAUGGAGGCCGUCACGGCCCUCUUCUGGGGACCCCUGUCCUUCCUCUGCGCCGGCUUCAUCGUCACGUCCCACCCCAUGCGCUACCCUCUGCAACUCAUCAUCUCGCUCGGUCAGUUCUACGGUGACGUGCUGUACUACGCCACUUGCACCUUUACCGCCAUGGUCGACAAGAUCCACUUCUGCCGCCCCGAGGACUUUUACUACUGGGCCUACUACGUGCUCUGCAACGCGUUCUGGAUCGUCAUCCCCGGCAUGCUGAUGAUUUCGAGUGUGAAGCACACGGGGAGGGCGUUUGCGCAGGUGCAGAAGGCUGAGAAGGCGAACAAGGGGAAAUGAGCAGUUGUCGGACGUUGUGGUACGGGCAGGAGGGUCGAGAGGAAGUCCUACAGAAGGGGGCGGAAUAGACUUAUAUAGAAUAGAAAAAAUUACCAAUAGACUCGGUUUAAGACGUUGGUAGGAACAGACUUCGGCAAGGGGAGUGGA